AUGUUCAAGCACCCUCAAUUCCCGAGUCUUAUUGCUGCUGGAGUCGUGGCCUUCACCUUCAUCCUCCUGGUCGCUCUGAAAUUCCGGAGCUCGAGCGCAACACCUAAGGUCAAGAUUCUGCUUCAAGAUGAGAUCAACAGUGCGAGGCAGCGCGCAUUGGAGUAUUGUUUCAAUCCUCGGGCGGUCAUGGCAAAAGGAUACGCAAAGUUUAAAAAUGAGGUCUUUGGUCUUGAUACCCAGGAUGGUAAGACGCGCAACUGA